AUGUUGUGUUGGUAAUUGUUACUUGGAAAUUUAGUGAUAAGAAUAACGAAGUUUUGGAAAUUAAUAUCAAAUACUGUAGAAUAUUGUACAAUAUUUGUUAAUAUACGGAAUGUAGCCGACGUACAAAAUACUACAAGCAAAUAUAUAAGCUGUUAAUUUUGUGAGGACUAAGUAAUGACAUGGUUGAAAAUUUAUAAUCUGGUGUUACAGUUCAGGCUUAUGAUGGCUGUACCUCUGUUUUAUUACACAAGCAGUGACAGCUUUGAGUGCAUUUAUCAGCUAGGACUGAUAUGGACCAGUUCCGGAGCUGCUGGUGAAGGUGUGUAUUUAACUGAAAUGCCACCAAGUUCUGGGAGGAUGACAAUAGCCGAACACUUGUACAAGGACCUCGAAGAUAAGUAUGCCAUGGCAGAGGUGUGCCUGGAAACAGACUCUGCCACAGUACCCGCUGAGAAGUUAAUAGCGCAUCCCGAAGGACACAUCUGGAUGUCCAAGACUCAACUCGGCCUUUCUUCCUUUUCUGCUUUAUACCGCUUUACUUCAGAUGCACUUUGGACAAUGACUGAAGUCAAGAGUUUCAUCAAAAAACAACACCUGACUUUGAAUCCAUACAAUAAAUCACCUAUUUCACAGUUGCAAGAGAUGGUUGUACGAUCUGGUAUCCAGCCAUACUACAAGGAAAUAUUUAAUGGCACUAAGUUUGUGGCCGAGGUUUCCAUAGCAUCCGUGAGCGCAGUAGGUAUGGGCAACACGAAACAAAUAGCAAAGUCUGAAGCGGCAAAACAACUUUUGCGUAAACUGAUUCUUAGAACAUUUGAAAAUGCAACAGAAACUAAGGAUGUUUACUUGAAUAAAGAAAAUAACAUAUUAGUUGAUUAUAAAACAGAUGAAAAAGAAACCUCUUUAUGUAAUGCAGUAGACAGCAUGUCGAUCAGUGGCAAAAAGCCGGAAAUUUCCAGAAGCACAGAUCAAGUAUUGGCGAGUAGUGAAGAGCUUCUGAAGCGUGGAUCCACGUCAGGGUUGUCUUUGAAAAGCAGCAGUAACAGUUCUAGCCCUGCUUCAGUUUUACAAAAUCCUGUGGGAAAGCUACAAGAGUUUUGUGCAGGCAAGCGCUUGCCUUUGCCUGUUUACGAAUUACUUCCACUCUCAGAAAACAGUGGCCUGAAUAACAUCACCACAGUAGUGAAAGUAGGUAUAGUUGUUAGUGAAGGAAUUGGCUGGACAAGUAAGCUGGCAAAGAAGGCGGCUGCAGUAGACAUGCUACACAAGUUAAGCAUGCUCAGUCGUGAUGAGGUGUUAGGGAAUGAGAUUAGCUGUCCUAACGCACCGUUGUUAACGGACAGUACUAUUGAAGUACAGGGUCAGUGUUCCGGCAGUCAGGUGCCUUCAAACCCUGUGGGAAGGCUACAAGAGUAUUGUGUAUCCAAGGGUUGGCCACUCCCCGUCUACAGUGAUGUUAACGAAGACGGACCAUCUCACGCAAAGUCAUUUGUGGUUGGAUGCUCCCUUAUCAAUUUUUAUGAAAGUGGAACUGGUUCAUCUAAGAAGGAUGCCAAGCAUAAUGCUGCUUUGAAGAUGUGGAGGACAGUUACGCAAAAUUGAAUUUCGCAGCAGCAAUUACUUUUUUUUCCUGACUAUGGACAUUUGCAUAUGUAACUUGAAAGUACCUGAGAAAGGUUAAUUAUGUACUUGUUUUACUAAACCUAGUUUUUUUUAAAAUACUUAUUUUAGUAUUUUUGAGCUGUGAGCAUUGAGACUGAAAUUGCUACAGAAUUUUGCAUUGUAAUUAAAUAUAAGACGUAAUAUCUGACUGAUAUUUUUACUAUUUUAUGUUCCAGCAUAUUUACCUAGCAUAGCUGUUAACUCUGUAAGUAUUUUUGACGUAAAAAUCUAAUAUUGGAAGUCAAGAAAAUUGUAGAGAAGCAUUAUUAUGUUUGAAACAUAUGUGUGUUGAAAGAAAAAAUUGUAGAAAGAAAGUUGUUUUGUAUGGUGGUGUAAGUAUUAAUUUGAUAUGUUUGGAAGAAAGAAAAUAAAAUAAUAUUUUUGGGACUUAUUGUAGUAUUAUUGU